UAAAUAGUUUAUACUCGUAUUUAGGAGUUCUUCAAUUUGGAUUUGAAUUUUAAAUAGUUUAUACUCGUAUUUAGGAGUGCUUCAAUUUUUUUUUUUAAUUUAACAACUUGGGCUAUAUAGCAUCCUAGCCCACUAAUUAAAGUUUGGGCUUUAUACUUGAAUCAUUCGAGUAAAAUUCUUGAUUAUAUCACAUGGAACUCAUCAAAGCAUGACAUAUUGGGCUUAAUCAACUUGGCCCAUUUUGCAUGAGUUUUGUUCAAAUCAACUUGAAUCAUUAGGCCCAUUUAGAAUAGAUUUGCUUUGCAGAAUCAUGGCUUCUUCUUCAUCAUCUUCGAGCAGCUACUCAAGCCCUCCGUGCGCCGCCUGCAAAUUCCUGCGGCUGAGAUGCCUAUCCGGCUGUAUCUUCGCUGCGUAUUUCCCGGCGGAGGAGCCGACGAAGUUCGUGAACGUGCACAAGAUCUUCGGCGCCAGCAACGUGAGCAAGCUGCUGAACGAGAUCCCGCCUCACCAGUGCGAGGACACCGUGAAGUCGCUGGCUUACGAAGCCGAGGCUCGGCUGAAAGAUCCCGUCUACGGCUGUGUGGGGGCCAUCACCAUUCUUCAGCGCCAGGUCUUCACCCUUCAGCAGGAGCUUGACGCCACCAAUGCUCACAUCAUGCGCUUUGCAACCGGAAACGGAGCUUCGACUGAUGGAACUUCAAACUUCAAAGAAGCCCAAUAAUCCGUCAGUCGACUAAACUAGGCCCAAUUAUCCUUAUUCUUCUUAGGCCCAUUUAUGACCCCAUGCAACAACUUUAGCUUUUCAGCUGCGUAUAAGCACUUUUGACAGCAAAUAAACGUCCUUCGUUGCAUUAAAUGUAGUCCUUUUUAAGCUUUGGCAGCUUGCUUUGAAGGGCCUUUCAUAGCUGGAAGAAUAGCUGGAACUCCACUCUUCGGCGGCUAAGUUCAGGGAUUUGGUAGCUAUCUCUGCCUAUAAAUAAAUCCUUCUUCUGUCAUUAGUUUCAUUCCAUCUGAACUUGGGCAGCGUGCAUUCUCUUGUAUUUCAUAGCCAGAGCAGUCCCUCUUUAUCAUCUUCUACGCAGCCUGCUCUAAGAGUUCUCCUUCGAUAGCCAUAUAGCCAUAGCUAUAGUUCUCAAAACGAAGCUAGGCUUACUUCUAGUUCUCGCGGAGUGCCGCCGAAGGGUCGAAGGGGAUCGGAGGACGAGAACUUAGCUUGUUGCUGUUCUCGUAAGGCGCCGGCGAAAGGAGAGAUCGGGCUUUGACACUAGAGGCGUCGAAGGCGAGAGUUAGAGGCAAUCGGAGGUGCCGCAAGGAGUUCGGCAACUUAAGUAGCGAAGGGAUCUUCAAUCAGAGUAAGCAUGUUUGCGACAUUCCUCUUAUUGCUUUUGAAUCAUAUAUGACAUGCUCUGAAGUUUAUUUGUUGUCUCAUUUCCUUCGCCAACCUAGCUGCUGUCGAGAGAAAGCAGAGGCCGGAGCUUGUUUUGUUACGGUGUUUGGUGGUGAAACAAACGUGAGUUUCGGGAC